AUGUCAUCUACCGACGCUUACAAGUGGGAGCAGGUCGAAGAGCUCUACGGCGCCCCAAUCACAGAUUUACAGAUCACCCCUCAGCGACCUGUAAUGUGUUAUGUGAGCCUAGAUCACGGCAUUAGUCGCCCGCUCGUUGUAGUUGACGAGUGGAUUAGCGAGAACUACCUUAUCUGGACUCUCUGCGCUGCGUUCGCAAAACACGGCAGCGACAGAAUCUGGACACGCAGGUUUGACGAUUCCCACCGCGACCAGUGGGUUCAGAUAAAGGAGAUUGUGCGGAGGAUGCAUGGUGCUGACCGAUUCCUACUAGAUAUCCCACCCCCGCCUCUGUUGCUCGCGGUCUUCCAAGUACGAGACUCCCAGACAUCUUCGUCCCAUAGCCAUGCCAUUAUGGCCACACCUGCUAGUCCUCGUUCUAGAGGAGGUCUGCUAAGGAUCUUGCGGCAUGUGUACCACGGAAACUAUUCCCCGAAUGAUGUCUUCAGUGUAGUUCUCUAUGACUCCGAUGUGACCGGAGUCGCGCCGCAGUCGCCCCCGCUCGCCCUCCUGGGGUUGCAGCCAGACUCUUCCGAUAUAACAGCAGCAUCGGAUAUCCCCCCUCCAUAUGAGCUUGCUUCCGAGCCGGACUUGUCAGGGCUGGGCGAGCGCUUGAACUCUCCACCUCCUCCUUACCGCACUACCUCUCCUGCUCCUCCUGGUUGGACCCCAUGA